AUGGCAUCUUCGGAGCCGCGCUGGCCACCUCCUCUCCGCCACGCGAGCGCCUUCUCUUUCUGGAGCUCCCCUGGCAUCCUGUUGGUGGCCCUAGGGCUCCUGCUGCCCAUGUGCUCUGAUGCCUGUGAUGAUCCAAUGAGAUUUAAAACCAUGAUGUUAACCGGUCCUCCUAAAGCAUCUUAUGGUCCUGGGGACAGAGUCGAAUUUAAGUGUCGUUUAGGAUACAAGCGUAUUGUACCUUUAGUCCCCACCACUGCUGUUUGUCAGCCUGAUAACACAUGGGCACCUCCUCUCCAGGAGGCUUGUACAGAAAAGACAUGUCCGCAGCUAGGAGAGCCCCUCAAUGGCCGAGUAGUCUAUAUAUCUUAUGUAAACGAAGCUAACAAGUUUGGUUAUCAAGCUCACUAUAUUUGUAAUGAGGGUUAUUACUUACUUGGAACAAAAAAUCUAUAUUGUGAAGUUUCUGGAAAUAAUGUGGAAUGGAGUGAUAGUCCCCCACAGUGUGAAAGGAUUUUGUGUCAACCACCUCAACAAAUACCAAAUGGAGAAUUCAGCAAUAGCCACAAGGAUACAUUUGAAUAUAGUGAAGUAGUCACUUACAGUUGUAAGCCUUCAGAUGGGCCAGAUGAAUAUUCCCUUGUUGGAGAGAGCAGGCUUGUUUGUUCUGGGCGAAACCAAUGGAGUAGUAACCCUCCUGAGUGUAAAGUGGUCAAAUGUCAAUAUCCAGUACUCGAGAAUGGGAGAGUCAUUUCUGGACUUAGGAAAAAAUAUUACUACAAAUCUGAGGUUACAGUUGAGUGCCUGGAGGGAUUUUACCUUGAAGGCAGCAAGACAGUUGUCUGUGGAGUGAACAAUAAUUGGGAGCCCAAAAUGCCAAAAUGUAUUCAAGAGAUUUAUUGUGACCCACCUAUAAAUAUACCAAAUGGAGACUUCACCAAUAGCCACAAGGAAAGAUUUGAAUAUAAUGAAACAGUUAUUUAUACUUGUAAUCCUUCGACUGAAACAGAUAUUUAUACACUUGUUGGAGAGAACACGCUAGUUUGUAUUGGGCCGGACGAAUGGACUAGUGAUCCUCCUGAUUGUAAAGGAGAAAACUUGCAGUCUUUCACCAUGAUGUUACCUGAGUAUUUCCUAAAUGGGCCCCAGUAUAUUGAAAUUUCUCAGCAUUACCGAAUAACCUCUAAAUCAUUUUUUAAGCUCUCCGAUGGAGGACUCAUUGCUGUGAUUGUUCUGACUGUGUGCUCCACUUUCUGCUGCAUUUCUCUAAGUAACACACUGUUAGUCAAGCUGUACCGUCUGCCCUGUACUGCCUUCCUGCUUCCCCGGUGCCUGAGAGGCCUGUGGUCCUGUCAGAUCCUGGGCACCUUCCAGGGCCAGCGCCUCAUGCCCAUUGGGUGA